AAAAAUUUAAAGAGAUUUGAAUGCCAAACGUCAAAAAGUGAACAAAUUUGUUUAUAACUUUUAAAAAGCCUCUAAAUAAUUCAUGUAAAUAAGAAUAAAGGUUGUUUCUAAAAUGUAGUAGACAAAGUGUAACUAGUGACAAUAUGGUAGAAAUAAAAGAUUACGUGCCUGUUAAAAAUAUAAAACAAAAAAUCGAUAUGAAAUUAGGGCACCACACCUUCUUCUAUAAAGAAGAUAGAAUCUCAGUAUAAAAAGAAUUCGUAAGGCGUGUUAUUAUACGUGUUCUUCAAACUAAAUAAUGUCGAAGUAAAUUUAAUUAAUACUUAACCUCAAAUCUUCCAAACAACUUAUCAUUCAUUCAACAUGGUUCACGUAAUUUCGGUUCACAAUUUUGCAAGUCAGCACAUCCAAACAGUGGAACAACCCACUGCUAGUUCGGUAGCACCCCCUCAUCGUCUAUUAUUGGCUUUAUCAAGCCACUGUGUUGAAGUGCGAGACUUAAAAAGUGACGGUGACUUAUUGUUUACAUUUCCUACAGUUGAUCAUGUUAGACAAAUUCAACAUUGUAUCAACGGUAAUUUUAUUGUUACUUUGGAGUCAAAAACUUCACGUCAGUAUAAAGAGUCUAACAGUGUGAGAGUGUAUGUCAACUGGGACAGUGUAGCUGCUCUACAACAAUCUAAAAUGACCAGUAGUGGAGUCAGCUUGGGUUCUUCUGAAUGUGGUAUGGUACAACCCAUGAGAGCCCGCAUUGCUGGUCGUGUGACUCCAACCACCAACCAAUCAGAACUAGGUAGUUUAGAAAUGAUUGAGAUUCCUCUUCGUCAAAACCCCACCUUGGUGGAUUGCUGCCAGGUGUCUGGUAACAUUCUAAUUUUAUCAGCCAAUACUCUAACUGUUCAACUAUUUCAUAUCAAAACUCAUGACAUUUCUAAACUAAAGUUUAUUGAUUUUGAAGAAUGUCCCAUACAAAUUGAAUUAAAUUUUAUACCAAAUGAAAUUGCAAUUUGCGAAAAUUACAUCGCUUACAUUAGCAGACAAAGCGUACAUAUGUUCAAAAUCGUCUCGAAUGAUAGCACAGAUAACGAAGACCAAAACGACGCCCUUGCUUGUGGAUUUGGCUUAAAUUGUCUUGAUAGCUCAGUAACAGUGGAUUACAAAAAACUUUUGGAAAAAGAAUCUUCAACUAAAAGUAGAGAUCGAAUUACGAUUAAUUUACCAAGUAUUUUGAAAAGUAACAGUCUAAUACACAAAAACAACCCCUUCACAUAUACAGACAGGGACAUGGGAGUGAAUAUUCUAUCAACUUCACCAAUGAUUGAUAAGAGAAUUCCAAAUUGUCAUGCAGUGAAUCUAGUUCAGCUAAAACUUAGGCCUUUGCUGAUUGAAAACGCGCAAAAUCAAAUUGUAGAAGAGUUUAAAUGUAUCGUUUUGAAGCCCCUUUACGUCGAGAAUGUGGAUAAAACGUCAGAUAAAACGCACCAAAGUUAUUUUCGAAGUAAUUACAGGCAACAUUUGAAAGGGGUAGCGUUCAUGGUAACAACCCAACAGGAGGGUUAUUUAUAUCAUUUCAACGAUGAUGAUUCAUCAUUGGAUAAAGACAACUGUAUUUGCGUUUAUCCGUUUACUGCCCCCGUAUAUAGUAUCGUAAUGGAAGAUUAUCUUUUGCACGCCUUGACCGAAACGGGGUUGGAAUCGUACACCCUCAGAACUGGCCACCAGCUUUGCAGAAGCCUGGAAGUCGUGGAUAAUAUAAAUGUGGCGUGUCCCUCUGUAGACGACUGUAUUUGCAUGGUAGGCCUUAGGCCAUUUCUGGGAAUAGAAAAAAUGUUGCUUUCCGAAAAUUUCCUAGUUCUUCUGGCGAAUGCUGAUAAUUCUCCCACUCAUUCUGUGGGCUCGAACAGCAGCGGUUCUACAAUUUCUGCUUGGACUUUGUAUACUCUCGAAUUACCAUCUGCAAAGACCAUUUUUGACGACAUCUCCAUCGUUGCAAAUUCCCACCAGUUUGCCUCUCCUCAAACCUAUUGUCAUGUUAUGAGCGAAGCCCAUAUGAUCUUGAGGAACAGUCUGUUGUUAAUUAGGUGGAAUUUCUCAUCUUCUAAAUCAGUAUGCCUUGCUGAACCUUCUAAAAAGCUUUGGGAGGAGCUGGGAGAGACCUAUAGGACUUCAUGUGCUCUUCUGGGAGACCACUAUAUCUUGAGCCCUAAGUACGUGUUGUGCAUUCCAUAUUAUAAAAUGGCUGGACUAAAGCCCUUUGAAGUCCUUAAACGCGUGAAAAAGCUCCAGGAACAAUCCAACAUUCAGAUUACAAAAGGGCUAAUCCACUAUUUCAAAACUACACUGUUGAAUUUGAAAAGUAGUUCUGACGUAGAUUAUUUAAUUAAGUCGGGCAUAAAGCACAACAUUAUAGAUGAAAUUCUGGAUUUAUUUGAAAAGCAUAGUUUCGAUGACAUUCCCCAUUUAGUCCUGAAAAGCGGUGCUCUCAGGGAAUACUCUACGUCUAAAUUCAUCAACAUACUUACCAGCAGAGACAAAGGGAAAAUUCAGGGUUCUAAAGAGAAGUCGUUAGCUCUUGCAUUACUUUACAUCCAACAGUGUAACAUUCAAGAAGCGGAUGUUGUCCUGAGCGACAUGAAUAGGGAAGAGCUUUACACUAUUUUGGAAGAAAAUUGGGAAUUAUUAUUUGACAUGGGGAACAACGGGAACAGAAACAAAGGAAAAAUUUCCCUGUCUGAACUAGCCACCCUUAUGAUGUCCUCGAAUCCAGAAGUAUUAGCAGAUGUUUUAGUUUCUUUGAUUCUGGAUAGGAGGAACGUCACUUUGAACAGAAUCUUGAAGUUAUUUCUCGAAUAUCUUCCUUCACGAACUGGGGAAGAAGCCCAGUGUGCCGGUAAAGUACUCCAGAUGGUCUUGGAGCAGUACCUGAAGGCCUACUUUGCAAGCUACGAGACCAAAGAAUUACCAAAAAUUGUAUAUGACCGUUCGACCCAAGAAGCCAUCACAAUCCUAGUAAGGUCGUACCUGUCGCAACUCCAAAUUCUUCAUCUCAGAACCACCAAAAAUCAGGAAACUGCGAGUAUGCAGGGGGACCCCAAUGAAAAUGACGAAACGGAAGAAAUAGCGACUGAAAAAGAUUCCUUCAAGUACAACAACGUCAAUAUAACUCAUUUUGAAGACAGGCCAAGACCAAAACCACCAGAAAAUUAUUUAUUUUCCCAAUUAAGACACGAAUAUUUGGACAAGAUGUCACCUUUUUUGACGAAAACCGAAGAUGAGGAAGUCAACGAAGAAGCUAAAAAAGUAUUGAAGAAGUUACAGGCAAUUUUAUGCAGUCAGAUCGUACCGAAGAACGUUAUUAACGAAAUCAGUGUUUUUUUAGACCUCAACAAGAAUCUCAUAGGUCACGAAAGUCUUAAGAUCAUAACGAUGCCAGUGAACGAAGCUGUUGUCAGACUCAUUAACGGAUGUCCAGAGUGUUUACUCCAAUACGGAAAAGAUCAUUUUAAUAAAACUGACGAAUGGAAACUCCUGAUUGCCACCAUACAAAGGAAGAUCAUUCAACUGAGUUUAGACGAAGAAUUUACUAAAGAAUGCGAUUUUUAUAAGCAACUAUUAAAAGAAGUCUUAACUUAUGUGGCAACGACCAUGAACUUAGAACAGCUCUUUCAGGUGUUUCCUCAGCCAGUAACGACUCAGCACUUUGGAGAAAAAGGACAAAAUGAAGAUGUGACAACAGUCACUGAAGAGACCAUAGGUUCUGACGAUUUAGCAAGUAAUAUUGGUCCAAUGCUGAACGAAAUUCAAAAUUAUGGAACCUAUAUAACCAUCUGCAAAGAAACUAUGCACGCUAAUCAAAUUAAAAAGCUUAUCUCUACCACUGGGCAGCAGCUUUUGUGUACUCUUAAUUUGUAAUACAUAUAAAGCAAGAUCAAUAAUUGAAAUUUCAACAGGUGAACACAAGCUAGUCUUUUAUAUUAUUUCGUACUACAUAUUUUUGAUACAUUAAUAUUAAAAAAUUAAAUUUCAUAUCACAGUUUUAAUCAGAUUUCGAAAAUAAAGCGCACACAAAAUUAGUAUGACUAAUGUACGUAAAUUUUAUCACAAAAUAAGUAGUGUUUAUUGAUCAAACGAAUACCUGUUGACGUUUUAAUUUAUUACGUUCUUAAAUGUUAGACUUUAAAAUUGAAAACACAAAAAUGAUGCUUUAAUUUCGCUGCAGUCUUCGUGCAAAAUGUUUUAAAAAGGAAAAUGUAUGUGAUAUUUUCAUAAUUAAUGUUUUUAAAGUUUGUGUAUUUGUA